UUGGUCUCACUUGUAUCUAUGUCUAAAAAAAGAUUUGCCGACAGUUAAAAAUUGUUUUUCUAAUUAUGUUUCUCAGUAAUGUAUUUCAUAUUUCGGAUAGAUUAUAAAUUAUGUCACCUCAACAUUUAAAUUCUCGUCCUCUCUGCAGCAGUCUAAAGAGUUCCUUACAACUCAAAUAAUACACACAUGCUUUUAUUUUCGUAAAUUUUAUUUGGACAUAGGCACAUAGUAAUUCACAAAAAAUGGCUAAUCAAGUUAUGAAAGAACUAGAAGCUGCAGCUCAAGUUAUUUUGGCUCCACCAAAUAUAAUCUCUCAGGAGCAAAGAAAUGCAGCGGAGACAGUAUUCCUGGACUUCCGCAAGACAACAAUGCCUUACCAGCUGUGCCGUGAAAUCUUAGAAACAAGUAGCGUAGAUUACGUCCUAUUUGAAUCAGCAGGUUUAAUAAAAGGAGCCUUAGUCCGAGAAUGGACUCUGCUGCCACCAGCAGACAUCGCAUCACUGCAGCAGUACCUCUUGCAUUAUAUAGUAAACAAAGCAACCUUGGCACUGUUCGUCAGAGAGCGGAUUCUCCAGGUGAUAGCAAUAAUGGUGAAGCGAAAGAGCGUCGAAGACUCUGGAGCAGACCGCAGAGUGCUGCUGAACCAAGUGGAGUCGAUGGUGACGAGCGGGGACUCAAAGAGACAACUGCUUGGCUGCAGCAUCAUGUCAGCUCUAAUGCAAGAGUACGCAACGACUGCCAAGUCUUCAGAAGUCGGCUUGACCUGGGAGCUCCACUUCAAAGCCAAGCAGCAGUUUGAAAUCACAGACUUGAAGCGUAUUUUUAAAUUUGUGACCACUGCGCUGUCCGAGCUCACCAAGGACUCGGUCCCCAUGGAGACUUUGCCGUUGAUAAAACACUUGUUGUCAAUUGCCGAGGCAGCUCUCACCUGGGGCUACGUCAUAUUCGACUCGAUGUCCCAGGGAUUGAUAAGGCUUUUCGAAGACUUCUCGGAGUCCGAAGCCAGUCCGUCUUUGCGGCCAGAAAAAGUUUGGCAAGAUGUCAUCCUGGAUCCGAUGAUCAUACAAAUAUUUUUUACACUUUAUUGGAAGGUUCGGACUAACUUGCAAUUAGCACAUCAUGCCAGAAGCUGCCUGGUACAGCUGGCCAGUUUAAACGGCAAGGUAAUGGCUACUCAUGAAAUAAAACUCCAGUACUCGAGCAACUAUGUACAGAAUUUUAUAAAACUUAUUUCUAAUAUUGAAAUAAUCGACCAAGAAGCGCUGGGUGUUGCUAAUAUUGUCAGAAGAAUCACGAUGUUCUUUGGACCGACGCUGCAGUCUCUUGCGCCGGAAAUUUUUGGAUCUUUUAUGGAACAAGUUACCAGACUGACGUGUAUUUUUGCAGAAGGAGCUGCUCUGGAAGAUUCGAUGUGUCCUGAUGACUACUUGUACAUGGAAGCAUUCGAGCGAAUGCUUGAAUCCUGGUCUUCAAUUUUAUCCAAGAAGAGCAGAUAUCAAGAUAGUUUUUUCGAGCCGAGUUUCGUUCAAAUAUUUAAUGUUUAUUUAAAAUGCCGACUGUCGCCGCCGGACGGUACUCGCCCUGUUAGCAAUAAUGAAUACGAAAAAGAGAUAACAGAUAUUGAGGAAAAUGACAGAAAUAAAUAUAAAAAGCAACUUCAGACACUUGGAGUUAUUGCUAGAAAAAUACCCAACCAUACUUUGACGUUGCUGUCUCAUUUAAUUGAAACUCGAACUACCAAGUUACGUCAGGAAUUAAGUCAGCUGACAUCAUCGCAAAGAGAAUCAUUCGUGGCUCAUGGGAAUAUGAAUGAAGCUCUGCAGAAUUUAUACGAAGAUUUACAUUGGCUGGUAUUAAUAGCUGGACAUAUUUUAUGUUUCGAUUCCAUUGGUGAAGUAGCUCUCAUACCUGCUCAGAUGAUUAAAUACAGCAUGGAACAGGCAGAGCAAGGUAAAUCAGAUGUCAACGUAUCUCUCCAACUGAUGGCGUCUCCUCAGUGUAACCUCUCAGACAUUCCUGGAGCGGAGGAGUCAUCAGACCACGUAAUACGUUUAACCGCAGCGAUCUUUCGUCUCUGUGAAAUAGAACGCAGUGCAAUAGAAGCUAACCUCGCUAAUUUAUUAAGUCCCGAAUUGAUUAGCAGCGUUGUCUGGUUCCUGCACCGAUGGUCGCUGAGUUAUUUACUGCCAACCGAAAAUUACUACUCUGAAAUAAGUACAACACUGAUUCAGGCGUUUGGUACUGACGGCGCAGGAGCACAGUGGGCUGUUAAUUUUCUGCUGGACAAUAUUAAAUGUAUAAUUAAUGUGUUUAAAGGAGAAGAAACACUAGCUGAAGAUACUGUUAAAUUGCUGGUGGGUCUAGUCGAUACUCCUACAAAGUCAUAUUAUGUAUUAAAGUCAGAACAAAUCGGAAGCUUAAUUGACCUGGCAACAAAAAAUAGUUUUAGUCUUCCUCAAGUUGCCAAGAGAGGAAUAAUGUCUACUGUUGUUCAAGUCGGAAUUGCGCUGAAGAACAAAAGCAAUGAAAAACAAUACUGGUCACAAACUCUUCAGCCGCUGCUUGAUCAAUUUAAACAAAUUAUUUCUAGGAAUGACUUUUCACGAUCGUGCCAUCAAGAAGAUAUUAAAUUGCAAAUAACAGAACUUUUAGAAUUUUUUAUAGGCAUUGCUCAAGGCGCUCAGUCGUCUACAGCUAAAACUAUUUUUCAGUACAUCUGUCCAGUAUUAGCUGAAGUAGCUAAUUUACUGACGGCUUAUCAUAACUAUCCGCAAAUAGUUAAACUACUUAUUGAAUUUCUUUUUGAAUGUACAAGAAGGAUACUUUGUUAUUUGACCGAGGAAGAAAGUAUUAAAUUGUACGAAGCAAGUUUGCACACCAUACAGAGUUACGCUCGAUGUAACAGCAAUCGUAUAACUUCUGACUCAACAAACGAAGAAAAUACCUACGAAGAUAUUCUUCUGCUCAUGCAAUUAUUGACUCACUUAUUGAGUGAAGAUAUGUUUAGGCUAGACCGUGUAGAUAGUAAAUCGAGACAAAAGCAAUUAGUCACUUCUGCAGAUGUAUUUUUAUAUGGUCUUAAUAUUAUUAUGCCAAUGAUGACACUUGAGUUGCUUAAAUUUCCUUCUUUGUGUCACCAAUAUUUUAAAAUGAUAACAUUAAUAUGUGAAAUGCAUCCAAGGAAAGUCUGUGAAUUACCUCUUGAUUUGCUCAAGCAAUUAAUGGCCUCAGUAGAAUUAGGAUUUUAUUCAUUUGGUGAUGAUGUUACAACUAUUUGUUGCGAUAUUAUUAGAUUAAUUGCUAAAUAUUUGCAUGGAGAAAAUUUAAAAGGUCACCCAAAAAAUCCAAUCAUUGCACCAUUUAUGAAUGUAAUAAUGAAUUUGGUACUUUCACAACAAAUAUACUCGGACUUAAUAUCUUACAUAAGCACUCCUAUGUAUUAUUUAAUUUGCUGUUAUCAAGAAGAGUACCAAAAACUUGUGGAAAAUUUUAUAGCGUCGCAACCAAACCAAGAAGUAGCUCAGCGACUAGCUACUGCGUUUAACAAUUUAACAGCAAACAUUUCAAUGACUACUGAGCAAUCAGAACGGCUCAAAUUUCGAAGUAAUUUUGAAAGCUUUGCUGUAGCUGUGCUGAUUAAAUAAUUACUCAGAUUACGAAUAAGGUGCUAGUACAUCAUUUACAAAAAAAUGUAAAUAGUGUAAUUGAUGUAAAAAAAAAUUUAUGAAAAACUGACAUUGAAUGCGAUAACUUUAACAAAAU